AUGGAGAAAAUUAUUAUUUGUCUCAGUAUCAAAGAGAAUAAAGAUCGGCUCCUGCUUCAGGCGCAUGGCCUGUUUCCUGCCAUUCUCAAUCUCGCCAGCAAUGCCCACAUCAGCACCAACGCCACCUGCGGCGAGAAGGGGCCUGAGAUGUUCUGCAAACUCGUGGAGCAUGUGCCGGGUCGGCCCGUUCGGAACCCGCAGUGCAGGAUCUGUGACGGCAGCAGCGUGAACCCCAGAGAACGGCACCCAAUAUCAAAUGCGAUCGAUGGCACCAAUAACUGGUGGCAAAGUCCCAGCAUUCAAAACGGGAGAGAGUUCCACUGGGUCACAAUCACUCUGGACUUAAGACAGGUCUUUCAAGUUGCAUACGUCAUCAUUAAAGCCGCCAACUCCCCUCGACCCGGAAACUGGAUUUUGGAGCGUUCUCUGGACGGCACCACGUUCAGCCCCUGGCAGUAUUACGCAGUCAGCGACACGGAGUGUUUGACUCGUUACAACGUAACUCCACGACGGGGGCCGCCCACUUACAGGGCCGAUGAUGAAGUGAUCUGCACCUCGUACUAUUCCAGACUGGUGCCGCUGGAGCACGGCGAGAUUCAUACAUCACUGAUCAAUGGCAGACCAAGUGCUGAUGACCUUUCUCCCAAGUUGUUGGAGUUCACUUCUGCACGAUACAUCCGCCUCCGCUUACAACGCAUUAGGACGCUCAAUGCGGAUCUCAUGACCCUGAGCCGCCGGGACCCCAAAGACCUGGAUCCUAUUGUUACCAGACGCUAUUACUAUUCAAUAAAAGACAUUUCUGUUGGAGGAAUGUGUAUUUGCUAUGGCCAUGCUAGUAGCUGCCCAUGGGAUGAAACUACAAAGAAGCUGCAAUGUCAAUGUGAACACAACACCUGUGGAGAGAGUUGCAACAGGUGCUGCCCCGGGCACCAUCAGCAGCCCUGGAGGCCGGGAACCGUUUCGUCUGGAAACACUUGUGAAGAAUGUAAUUGUCACAAUAAAGCCAAGGACUGUUACUAUGAUGAAAGUGUUGCACAUCAGAAGAGGAGUUUGAACACUGCUGGGCAGUUCAGCGGAGGAGGGGUUUGCAUCGAUUGCCAGCAGAACACCAUGGGAAUCAACUGUGAAACCUGUGUGGAUGGAUACUACAGACCACACAAAGUGUCUCCUUAUGAGGACGAGCCUUGCCGUCCUUGUGACUGUGACCCUGUGGGGUCCCUCAGUUCUGUCUGUAUUAAGGAUGACGUCCAUGCUGACCUACACAAUGGGAAAUGGCCCGGUCAGUGUCCAUGUAAGGAAGGUUAUGCAGGAGAAAAAUGUGAUCGUUGCCAACUCGGCCAUAAGAAUUACCCAAGCUGCGUCCGCUGUGACUGCAGUCCAGCUGGCAGUGUGAAUGACGAUCCGUGCACGGAGCCCUGUCUUUGUAAGGACAACGUCGAGGGGAAAGACUGUGAUCGCUGCAAGCCGGGAUUCUACAACCUGAAGGAAAGGAACCCGCAGGGCUGCUCCGAGUGCUUCUGCUUCGGCGUUUCCGAUGUCUGCGACAGCCUCUCUUGGCCCAUUAGUCAGGUGAACAACAUGUCCGGGUGGCUGGUCACUGACUUGAUCAGUCCUGGGAAGAUCCCGUCUCAGCAGGAUGCACUGGGCCGGCGUCCGCAGGUUGGCAUCAACGACACGGCUGUCACACAGCGGCUGGCUGCUCAGCACUACUGGGCGGCCCCCGCCACCUACCUGGGGAAUAAGCUGACUGCAUUUGGUGGAUUGCUGAAAUACACAGUGUCUUACGAUCUUCCAGUGGAGACAGUGGACAGCGACCUCAUGUCACACGCGGAUGUCAUACUUAAGGGAAAUGGACUCACUCUAAUCACACAGGCUGAGGGCCUGUCAUUGCAACCCUACGAAGAGUACUUCAAUGUGGUUAGACUUGUGCCUGAGAACUUCAGAGAUUUUUAUAACAAAAGGGAGAUCGAUCGUGACCAGCUGAUGACUGUCCUUGCCAACGUGACACAUCUUUUAAUCAGAGCCAACUAUAAUUCCGCAAAAACGGCUCUCCACAGGUUGGAGUCUGUCUCUCUGGACGUGGCUAGCCCCAAUGCUAUAGACCUGGCAGUUGCUGCGGACGUGGAACACUGUGAAUGUCCCCAGGGCUACACAGGGACCUCCUGCGAGUCCUGCCUCUCCGGCUAUUAUCGUGUGGAUGGGAUACUCUUUGGAGGAAUUUGUCAACCUUGUGAAUGCCACGGCCACGCAGCUGAGUGUGAUGUUCACGGGGUUUGCACUGCGUGCACGCACAACACCACCGGGGACCACUGUGAGCGGUGCUUGCCCAGCUUCUAUGGGGAGCCUUCCCGAGGGACUCCCGGGGACUGCCAGCCUUGCGCCUGCCCUCUCGCCACGGCCUCCAACAAUUUCAGCCCCACCUGCCACCUGGAUGAAGGAGACGAAGUGGUCUGUGACCAGUGUGCUGCGGGGCACUCGGGGGCUUGGUGCGAGAGAUGCGCAGACGGUUACUAUGGAAACCCCACAGUGCCCGGGGAGUCCUGUGUUCCUUGUGACUGCAGCGGCAACGUGGACCCCUUGGAGGCUGGUCACUGCGACUCGGUCACCGGGGAGUGCCUGAAGUGCGUGGGGAACACAGACGGGGCCCACUGCGAAAGGUGUGCUGACGGGUUCUACGGGGACGCCGUGACUGCCAAAAACUGCCGCGCCUGCGGAUGCCAUGAGAAAGGCUCCCUUUCUGCCGUGUGCCACCUCGAGACUGGACUCUGUGACUGCAAACCACACGUCACCGGACAGCAGUGUGACCAGUGCUUGCACGGCUACUAUGGGCUGGACUCGGGGUGUGGCUGCCUGCCCUGCAACUGCAGCAUGGCCGGCUCCAUGUCGGAUGACUGCACGGAUGAAGGCCAAUGCCACUGCGUCCCAGGUGUAGCAGGAGAAAGGUGUGACAGGUGUGCCCACGGCUUCUAUGCAUACCAGGAUGGUGGCUGUACACCCUGUGACUGCCCAGACACCCAGAACACGUGUGACCCGGAAUCUGGAGAGUGCGUGUGCCCUCCUCACACUCGGGGUGUGAAGUGUGAGGAAUGUGAGGAUGACCACUGGGGCCACCACCCAGAGAAGGGAUGCCAGCCCUGCAAUUGCAGUUCAGGGGGGUCAACCAGUCAUCAGUGCGAUGUGCUCACCGGCCAUUGCCAGUGCAAGUCGGAAUUUGCUGGACAGCGCUGCGAUGAGUGCUCUCUGGGCUACAGAGACUUCCCAGACUGUGUUCCCUGUGACUGCGACCUGAGGGGGACAUCAGGGGACAGCUGUGACCUGGACCAGGGUCUCUGCAGCUGUGCGGAGGAAACCGGGACCUGCUCUUGCAAGGAAAAUGUCAUUGGCCUGCAGUGCAGCGAGUGUCGGGAGGGCACCUUCGCUCUCCACGCGGACGACCCCCUGGGAUGCAGCCCCUGCUUCUGCUUUGGGCUGUCCCACCUCUGCUCAGAGCUGGAGGGUUAUGUGAGGAGCCCAGUAUUGCUGGGCUCAGAUCAGCCUCUUCUGCGAGUGGUUUCUCAGAGUGACCUGAGGGGCACGACCCAGGGGGUUUACUACCAGGCCCCUGAUGUCCUGCUGGACGCCGUGACAGUCCGGCGGCACAUCCACACAGAGCCGUUCUACUGGCGGCUGCCGGAGCAGUUCCAGGGAGACCAGCUCCUGGCAUACGGUGGCAAACUAAAGUACAGCGUGGCCUUCUAUUCCUCGGAUGGCAUCGGCACCUCCAACUUUGAGCCUCAAGUUCUCAUCAAAGGGGGUCGGGCCAGAAAGCAAGUCAUAUACAUGGAUGCCCCAGCGCCGGAGAACGGAGUGAGGCAGGAACGAGAAGUAGGAAUGAAAGAGAAUUUUUGGAAAUAUUUUAACUCUGUUUCUGAAAAACCUGUCACACGCUCGGAUUUUAUGUCUGUCCUUAGCAAUAUUGAGUACAUCCUCAUCAAGGCAUCAUAUGGUCAAGGAUUACAGCAAAGCAGAAUCUCAAAUAUUUCGAUGGAGGUUGGCAGAAAGGCUGAAGAGCUGCAUCCAGAGGGAGAGAUCGCGUCCCUUCUAGAGCACUGUCUCUGUCCUCCGGGCACGGCGGGAUUCUCAUGUCAGGACUGUGCCCCUGGGUACCACAGAGGGAAGCUCCCAGAAGGUGGGGGCAGGGGACCGCGCCCUCUGCUUGCUCCUUGUGUGCCCUGCAGUUGCAACAACCAUAGUGACGCUUGUGACCCCGAAACUGGAAAGUGUCUGAACUGCAGCGAUAACACGGCAGGUGACCACUGUGAUGUAUGUGCUCCUGGCUACUACGGGAAGGUGACUGGCUUGGCCAGCGACUGUUCUCUAUGCACCUGUCCUCACAAACACCCUGCCAGUUUUAGUCCCACUUGUGUCUUGGAAGGCGACGGUGAUUUCCGCUGUGAUGCCUGUCUUCCGGGCUAUGAAGGACAAUAUUGCGAAAGGUGCUCCUCGGGCUAUCAUGGGAACCCUCCAAUGCCAGGUGGCAGUUGCCAGAAGUGUGACUGCAGCCUGCACGGCUCUGUGCACAGCGAGUGCGACCGCGAGUCUGGGCAGUGCGCCUGCAGGCCCGGGGCCUCGGGGCUCCGGUGCGAGGAGUGUGAAGCGAGGCACACGCUCGUGGAAAGCAGCUGUGUCUCGUGUGAUGAUGAGUGUGUAGGUGUGCUGCUGAACGACUUGGAUGACAUUGGCGAUGCCAUCCUUUCUAUGAACCUCACCGGCACUGUCGCUCUCCCCUAUGGAAUUUUGUCAAACCUGGAAAAUACAACUGAAUAUCUCCGGGAAUCUUUAUUGAAACAAAAUAUAGAAAAGGAACUGGCAAAAAUUAAACUUGAAGAUGUUGCAGAACAGACGGACAACCUGCAAAAGAAGCUCACUAGAGUGCUGACAAGUAGCCAGAAGGCGAAUAGGGCGACUGAGAGAAUCCUCAGCGACAGCGAAGACCUGGCUGCGUUCGUCGAGAGGCUGCAGAUGAGCAUCGGAGAAAUUAUUGAAAAGGCAACAACUUUAAAUCAGACCUUGGAUGAAGAUUUCCAGCUACCUAAUUCGACUCUUCAGAAUAUGCAACAGAACAUUACAUCUUUGCUCGAAAUCAUACGGCAAAGGCAUUUCACGCAGUUGCACCAAAAUGUCACCCUUGAACUCAAGGCUGCUGAAGAUUUAUUGUCACAAAUUCAGAAGAAUUACCAGAAGCCACAGGAAGAGUUGGAGGUGUUAAAGGAAGUCGCAAGCCGCCUCCUUGCAGAGCACACCAGUGACCUGCGGGCGGCGGCAGCGCUCGUGAAGGACACCGAGGCAAAGAGCCAGGAAAGUGACCGGCUGCUCCUCAUGGUCAGCGCCAACCUGAGAGAAUUCCACGACAAAAAGCUGCGCGUUCAAGAAGAUCAAAACUUGACCUCAGAGCUAAUCACCCAAGGAAGAGGAUUGCUAGAUGCUGCCACUGCACGUGUAAAUGCUGCACAAAAUGCUCUUGCACAGUUAGAGCAUCACCAGGAUGAGCUACUUUUAUGGACUGCCAAAAUCAGGCGUCAUGUGGAUGAUCUGGUCAUGCACAUGUCCGAAAGGAGAGCACCGGUCCUGGUCUACAGAGCAGAGGACCACGCAGCCGAGCUCCAAAGACUAGCAGGUGUUCUGGACAGUGGCCUUGAAAAUGUCAGACAUGUGUCCCUGAAUGCGACCAGUGCAGCCCACGCCUAUUCCAACAUCCAGAGCCUGAUUGAAGAAUCAGAGAAACUGGCAAAAGACGCUCACGGGAUUGUGACUAAGGUAAGCCUGAUAAGGAAUUUCUCAGAACCCCUCGCGUCCAAUGGCAAAGCGGCUCUUCAGCGCAGUUCCAAAUUGCUAAGGGAAGGCAACAACCUCAGCAGAAAGCAUCAAGGUAUUGCAUUGGAACUGAGUAGAUUGAGAACUACGGCAAACAGAUUUCAAGAGAGUGCUGAUAAAAUUACCAGGCAGACCAAUGAAUCACUCUUGAUACUUAGAGCAAUUCCUGAAGGUGUGGGAGACAAAGGAGCCAGAACUAAGGAGCUGGCCGCGUCUGCAAAUCAGAGUGCAGCGAGCACGCUGAGGGCCGUCGUGGGACUGAGCCAGAAGCUGCUGAACACGUCGACCGGCCUGGCCAGGGUCAACGCCACGUUGCGGGAGACAAACGAGCUCCUGCGCGACUCCACUGUGACCACUCUGUUAGCUGGAAGAAAAGUGAAAGAUGUGGAAACGCAAGCCAACCUUUUAUUUGAUCGAUUGAAGCCUUUGAAGGUGUUAGAAGAGAACCUGAGCAGAAACCUGUCGGAAAUUAAACUGCUGAUCAGCCAGGCCCGGAAACAAGCAGCUUCCAUUAAAGUUGCCGUGUCUGCAGACAGAGAUUGCAUCCGGGCCUACCAGCCUCAGAUUUCUUCUACUAACUAUAACACUUUAACACUAAACGUUAAGACACGGGAACCCGACAACCUUCUUUUCUACCUGGGUAGCAGCACCAGCUCUGAUUUCCUUGCAGUGGAGAUGCGGCGAGGGAGGGUGGCCUUCCUCUGGGACCUGGGCUCCGGGUCAGCGCGGUUGGAGUUUCCAGACUUCCCCAUCGAUGACAACAGAUGGCACAGUAUCCACGUAACCAGAUUUGGAAAUAUUGGUUCAUUGAGCGUAAAGGAAAUGAGCUCAAAUCAAAAGCCACUGACAAAAACAAGUAAAUCCCCUGGAACAGCCAAUGUUCUGGAUAUAAACAAUUCAACACUCAUGUUCGUUGGAGGACUUGGAGGGCAAAUCAAGAAAUCUCCUGCUGUGAAGGUCACUCAUUUUAAAGGCUGCAUGGGAGAGGCCUUCUUAAAUGGAAAAUCGAUUGGCCUGUGGAACUACCUUGAAAGGGAGGGCAAAUGUCACGGCUGCUUCGGAAGCUCCCAGAAUGAAGACGCCUCCUUCCACUUCGACGGGAGUGGCUACUCUGUCGUGGAGAAGACACUUCGGGCCACUGUGACUCAGAUAAUAAUGCUCUUCAGCACCUUUUCGCCAAAUGGGCUUCUACUCUACCUGGCUUCAAACGGCACAAAAGACUUUUUAUCCAUUGAGCUGGUCCAUGGCAGAGUGAAAGUUAUGGUUGACCUGGGUUCGGGGGCCCUUGCUCUGAUUACAGACAGACGUUACAAUAACGGAACCUGGUACAAAAUCGCCUUCCAGCGAAACCGGAAACAAGGCCUCCUAGCAGUUAUUGACGCACAUAACACCAGUUAUAAAGAAACCAAGCAGGGCGAGACUCCGGGAGUGUCUUCCGACCUCAAUCGUCUGGAUAAGGACCCGAUUUAUGUGGGUGGAUUACCUAGGUCAAGAGUUGUAAGGAAAGGUAUCACCAGCAAAAGCUACGUGGGCUGUAUCAAGAACCUGGAGAUAUCCAGAUCGACCUUUGAUCUACUCAGAAACUCCUACGGAGUGAGAAAAGGCUGUACGCUGGAGCCCAUCCGAAGCGUCAGCCUCUUGAGAGGUGGCUACGUGGAAUUGCCACCCAAGUCUUUGUCCCCAGAAUCGGAAUUGCUGGCCACAUUUGCCACCCAGAACAGCAGUGGCAUCAUCCUGGCUGCCCUCGGCAAGGAUGCGGAGAAGCAAGGUCGUGGGCAGCCCCACGCGCCCUUCUUUUCCAUUCUGCUGAUUGAAGGCCACAUCGAGGUGCACGUCAAUCUUGGGGACGGGACAAGCCUGCGGAAAGCCCUCCUGCAUGCUCCCAUGGGCACCUACAGCGACGGCCAGCCGCAUUCCAUCUCCGUGGUUAGGAAGCAGAGAAUUAUCACUGUCCAGUUGGAUGAGACCAAUCCUGUAGAAAUGAAGUUGGGUCCAUUAGCAGAGAGCAGGACAAUAAACGUGUCCAACCUGUACGUCGGGGGAGUUCCAGAGGGCGAGGGGUCGUCAAUGCUGAAAAUGAGAAGAUCGUUCCACGGCUGUAUCAGAAACUUGAUCUUCAACCUGGAACUUCUGGAUUUCACCAGUGCAGUUGGCUACGAACAAGUGGACUUGGACACCUGCUUGCUGUCAGAAAGGCCUAAGCUGGCUCUUCUCGGAGAGGACGGGGAGCUCCCGCCGCAGCCCCGCGCGUUACCUGAGCAGUGUGCGGUGGACCCGGCUCCGGAGUAUGUGCCUGGCGGUCACCAGUUUGGCCUCACACAGAGCAGCCACUUCGUGUUGCCUUUCAACCAGUCGGCUGUCAGAAGGAAGCUGUCGCUGCAGCUGAGCCUGCGCACGCUGGCCUCCAGCGGCCUGGUCUACUACACGGCCCACCAGAACCAGGCGGACUACGCCGCGCUCCAGCUGCACGGUGGCCGCCUCCACUUCAUGUUCGACCUCGGCAAGGGCCGGACCAAGGUCUCGCACCCGGCGCUGCUCAGCGAUGGCAGGUGGCACACGGUCAAGACAGAGUAUUUUAAAAGAAAAGGCUUCAUGACGGUUGAUGGCCAAGAAUCCCCCGUGGUGACCGCGGUGGGAGACGGAACCACGCUGGAUGUGGAAGGGAGGCUGUACCUGGGCGGCCUUCCCUCUGAGUACCGGGCCAGGAACAUUGGAAAUAUCACCCACAGCAUCCCUGCCUGCAUUGGGGACGUGAUAGUGAACGGCAAACAGCUGGACAAGGACAGCCCGGAGUCUGCCUUUGCAGUGAGCAGGUGCUAUGCGGUGGCCCAGGAAGGAACUUUCUUUGACGGAAGUGGAUAUGCAGCUCUGGUCAAAGAAGGCUACAAAGUCCGGUCAGAUGUAAACAUCACACUUGAGUUUCGUACCUCCUCAGAGAACGGCAUCCUCCUGGGCAUCAGCAGUGCCAAAGUGGACGCCAUUGGGCUAGAGAUUGUAAAUGGCAAGCUCUUGUUUCAUGUCAACAAUGGUGCUGGGAGGAUAACAGCCACAUACGAGCCCAGGGCUGCCAGCGUGCUCUGUGAUGGGAGAUGGCACACGCUGCACGCUAACAAAAGCAAACACCGCCUCACUCUGAUUGUCGAUGGAAAUGCAGUUGGUGCUGAAAGCCCACACACCCAGUCCACCUCGGCGGACACCAACAACCCCAUUUAUGUUGGCGGCUAUCCCGCCGACGUCAAGCAAAACUGCCUGAGCAGCCGCGCCUCGUUCCGGGGCUGCCUGCGCAAGCUUGCAUUCGCCAAGGGCGCCCAGGUGCAGCACUACGACCUCAGCAGGGCCUUCGAGCGACAAGGAGUUUUCCCUCAUUCCUGUCCCGGGACUGAGUCCUGAACUUCAGGCGCAAUCCUCAGUUGGAACUAUUGCCAAUAUCUUGAGGAGACUUGCAUUUGUGAAUUAAAAUCUCUUCGGUUCAGAUUUCAUUUCCGACUCAGGUUAAGUGUUUCUAGAGAGAUAUGUUGUGUUUGUUAAACUAAAACCACAUGUACAACAAAUACCUCCAUUAAAUAGUCUGAAACGUAAA